AGACGAUGGCACUGACUCCCUGAACGUCCACCAUGCCUCUCACUAACGGACACAGACGACGGAGACGACGCUGGGCCUUAGCCGCAGCCCUCUCGACAGCCCAAGCGUACGCACCUCGCCUCACGACGAGAGCCCUGCCGACAAGGAGCAGCAGCACCAGAGCCCUACGCACAAGACGCAGCGUAGCUGUGGUCGAGAUGCCGCCCCCGCCCAUAAACUGGGCCGACGACGCCCUCGCGGACGCGCCCUGGGAGCCGGCGCAGGCCCUCGAGGCGCCGCCACUCUCUCCAGCAAUCCCGAAGCAGCCGCCGGUGGAUCUUAGAAUAGAAGCAACACUCGCCAACGCCACGGUGAAACAAACAACCAUAAGCGCAAUAAUUGGCGGCGGCUGCUGCGGUUAUGUCGCCGGCUGGUGUCUCCUGUCGUCGUUAGUGCGACUGGGCACGGUGGCAGGAGCCACAACAGCUGGUUUGCUGGUAGUUCUCCCCCCACCGCCGUUAGCGGCGAACACGCUCUGGUUUGAUGUUGACGGCGACCCGCGAGGCACGGCGCGACGCACAGCUUACCUCUGGGCGCGGGCGUGUGCGGCUUUCGUGCUAGUAGCUCGAGACUCAUUGAAACGACUGUGGCAGUCGCUAUGGCGAAGGUACGGCCCGGCCCUGGAAGGCGUGUCGAACCAAAUAGUGACCUUUGACUUCGAGAGCCUCCAGAAGCAGACGGCCCAGGUCACUAGAGACACGGCCAAAAACAUUAUUGAGUUGGGGGCGGACGUCGACCGCAAGUUCAACCUCGGAGGCAAACUCAAGGGGGCCGCGAAAACGACGCUGGACGUGAUCACUCCCGGUCACGACGACGAGUGGCGCGACGACGGCACUCCAGUAAGACCGGCUGUAAGUGCGGGCGAAGGGCUCAAACGAGUGCGCCGGCGAGUGGGAUCGGCCGCCACGCGCGCGCGGGACUGGAUGCUCGGCAGGGACGAAGUGGUCGAGAAGGAGCCGCCCUCGUCGAUGCAGCAGCUCUCGACGGCGCUGUUCCUCAUGCUGCCGGCGAUUUUUGUGGUUGCCGUCGAUCAUAGAGAAGAGGUCAUGGCGUCGUGGGAGUCGCUCUCGAAGGUCGCCGCGGCGGCUGUGGCGGCGGCGGCCAUCGAGGCGUCGAACAGCCCCAUGGCGGCGCUGUCCUUCAUGGCCGAGCACGGCCACGCGCCCCAGCACUUCGUGUAAAUUGUAUGUAAGCA